CGCGUUUUAUGUGGCUAUCGCUGUGUGUGUUGCCGCGUUCUGUAAACUUUCUCAUUGCACUCAUUGUCGGCGUGAAAUUUGAUUUUUAUUACUUGACCUUGGUCGCUAUUACGCGUUUCCUGAGUAGUCUAGAUUAGAGCGCAUGUUACCGGCACGUUGUGAUCGGCUGAGUAGUGAUGCUGCUUGUUUCCAACUGGUUGUGCAGCUUUGUGUUAGGAAGACGUUGACAAAACUCUGUACGGAUUUAUUUUGUGGUUAUGUUCGAGUUCGAAGAGGCCGCGACUAAAUAGGUACCUAUACUAACGGCGCAAAGAGAUUUUUGCCGAGAAUGGCGGGGCCGCGACCGUAUUCCCUCGGCUUCGACGAGCUACAGAGGCGCCUCUGCAAGCUUUAUGAGGAAAAAGACCUGAUAGUAACCUUGCUCGACGACAUGCUGGUAAAUGUGGAUGCGAUGGUUGCCCACGGGCGUAAUCUGACUAACAUGAGUCAGUUUUUCAGUUAUUUUGUGGACGCAAGUAGCAUGAUGGAGCUCGUGUAUAUGAAGCUCUUCAAGGUUCAUCUGUUUCUCACUGAAGAUACUUAUGUUGAUUCUGAACAACAGAGUGUGCCCCGUAUGGCUAUCACAUACACAUCCCCUGACAACAGUGACCGGUACAGCAACUCCCAGCUGGCUGCACUGGAAGCACCAAAGGAUAGUCUCAGCUGCCUGCCAUCUGGUCACAUGCUCUGGGUGUACCUGCCCGUACUGCUGCUCUGCAUAAUCCUGACAGUGCCAACUCAUACUGGCAGCUGCACAUACUGCUACUGUGCAUGCUUCGUGUCUACCUGCUGUUGCUGCACACCUGUUCCAAUUGCUGCUACUCCAGCUGUACUUCCAUGUGAACUGGCACCAAACGAUAGCACAGCUGCUUGCAGUGAAACUUAUCCUGCUGUGCAUACUACAGCUGCAGAUACCGCUCUUGUGCACAGUUCUGCUAUUUCUUCAACUAGCCUGGUGUUGAAUCGUGGCACAAAUCCUGGCAGUGAGGAGUACACUGCUACUAUGCUUGAUCGUGCCACACACAGCCUAGCUGAGCCUGACCCUGCUGAACUUGGCUCCACAAUUCCUGCGACAGUUUCAAAAUCACUGGCAUCUACACAGACACCUGCAGUUGUCCCACUAGUACAGCAUCCUUCUGCUGAAGUCAUUGGCACUGUUUCCGUGAAGAGCUUUGAUCUAGGUGAUGCAUACUCGUCUGAGAGUGAAUGUAACCAGAACAAUUUGCCCAAGCUUGGAGCAUGUGUCUCUACACUAAACCAUCUCGUAACUCCUGUGUCACCCAUAAAAAGCCAAUAUGUUCGAAAGGUGGUGGCCAGUUAUGAGGCAGCGAUGAAGCCCAACUUUCAGCAGCAGAAACAACCAGAGCAUGCUACAAGCCCAUGUACAGCAUCUGCUAUACAACAGCCAAGUAAACCAACGGCUGUUGAGAUUCCUUUGCCUAAUGCAGCUGUUGUUGGGACCACACAAGGCAUUGUUAUUUCUUUCUACAAGACGCCAUCUGAAUUUUGGAUUCAGCUGGAUUCUUCUGCAAACAUAUUAGAAGAUAUUCUCAAGAGCUUGCAGGAGUACUACAGCAGCAGCAGUACCCAGCGGCGAGAGAUUACUGUCAAAGCUGGCAUGUACUGUGCAGCAUACUAUGCAGAUGAUGGCCGCUGGCGUCGUGCCAGGAUUCUGCAAGUUUUGAAAGGUCACGUUAAGGUGUUUUAUGUGGACUUUGGCAACAGUGACAGAGUGAGCAUGGAUUAUUUAUGCUUCCUUGAAGAGGAGUUUACAACAUAUCCAGCUCAGGCUCUUUGGUGCACUAUCAAGAAUAUGGAAUCCGCAGCUGGCUCAGGCAUUUGGCGUUUUCCUGCUAUUCGAGCUUUUCGAGACAAGAUCUCUGCACAAGGAAAAAAGUUGCAAGCCUUUUUCUACUCACAAGAUAUUGCCACAGGUCGAUACACUGUGGACAUUCUGGGUGUCAAUGCAGACAAUGUAUCCGUCAACUUGUCGCAGGAAUUCAUCACUACCUGCUCAUCGGGGUACCCACAGCCCAAUUUCGUUGUUGGGCCACUCCCAACUACACAACAUGCAGCGAUCUGCAUUCCCAGAACUGGUAUGAACAGCAACAGCAGCGAACAACGCUUCCGGCUGGGGCUAAGCACCAGUGAUUUUGUGGAAGGGAAAGAGUGGGAUGAAAGGAAAGGUGGAGAAAAUGAAGAGGACAAGAACAUGCGCAUCCUGCAUGCGUCUCAUCACUGCAUCAAAGGCUUCUACAUCUGGAGUCAUGACAACCACUGCUGUGACAUCUUCAAUCACCGUGCCUCCUGCUGGAAAACCCUUCCUACCACUACUUCUGCUCACACCAUAUCUCAGCCUAGCAUGCCUAGUGGACCUGUGCCUUCAAUGUGCGUGCCACCGCCUGGCAUGCGUCCUGUUGGCAUGCCUCAUGCCAGCACACCUUCAACUAGUGCACUGCCAUGUAAGGCGUCUCUUGCUAGCGUGGCCCCAGUGUGCACACCACAGCUUGGGGCGUCAUUGGCAGGUCCACCUUCCGCUCUCACUGACAAGGCCCCACAUCCAGUGGGCACGGCCCCGCCUCUUGUCGGUUCAGCCCCAUCCCCAGCUGGCAUGGCUCCACCUCCAGAGCGCAUGGUCCCACCUCCUACUAGUAUUGCCGCAUCUCCCGAUGGUGUGACCACACCUGCAACUGCCAUGGCGCCACGUCCCGCUGAAAUUUCUCCACCACCUAGCGACUUGUCUCCAGCUGCUACUGGCAUGACUUCAUCUCCUGCUGGCAUAGCUUCACCCUCAGCUGAAUCUGCAGUAGCUUCCGCAGCAGUGGCAGCCAUGGCUCCCACUUCUGCACCUCGUGGUAGCAUGCAACCACCUGGCUUGUACCCAGCUGCUUGGCAUCCAAUCUAUCCACAACUGGCCUGCACUCGUCCACCGGCUGUUGUGCCUCCAGCUAUCCUGCCUGAAGGCAACAGCUUUAAUGUGUGUCUUUCUGUGGUGUUCAACCCAUCGGACUUCUAUGGUCAGAUAGUGGAGAAUGUGAACCCUACAAUCAAGGUACUAGAAGAACUCCAUCAAAAUCUGAACAAGUGUGGCUCUCAGAGUGAGGCACCAGAGGAAGAAAUGGUGACUAAGGACUCUUUCUGGAUCUCCCGCUAUCACGGUGACCAAAAAUGGUACCGAGCUCGGAUACUUGACGUGCUUCCGGGCCCCACUUCUAAGUGUUUCAGGGUCCUGUAUCUAGACUAUGGCAACCGAUGCACUGUGGAUAGCGCCUCCCUGCGGCCAUUGCCUCCUGAGCUUGCAAGCCUUCCAGCUUGUGCCCUCCGCAUGUCUCUGGCAAAUGUGUGCCCAAACAAGGGCAACAAGUGGGACGAGGCUGCGAUCGCACUUUUUGUCGAUCUGACUGGCUUCAAGCUUUCCCUCGUUGCCGAGAAAAAGGGUCACCGACGCACUAGGUUUGAAGAUGUCAUGGAGGUCACGCUGUGGAACAGGAAUGGCCCAGUCCCUAUUAACAUCACAGCUGUGCUUGUUGAGAAGGCCUUUGCAGUGCUGAAGAAGGUUUCACUGGGAAUGUGAAAUUUGGGCACCAGUAAUUGUUGUAGUGCACCGCCCCACCCCUCAAGUUUAAAAUGUGACAGAAGUGGGUCGUUUAUCCAAGUUCAUAUGCAUACUUUUGCUUAGUGUUGUGUUCAAGGCCGAUCGCCUCUUUUUCUUCUGUCCUGUUUUUUUUUUUAUGCAGAAUUAGCAUAUGCACUACAACAAAGCUUCUUCUGGCUGCCUUAAAAAAAAAAAACUCUUUAAUACCAUUAGGGACAUUGAAGUUCUCUUUUUUAUGUCAGUCUUGCUGUGUGUGUUAGCUUUACCUUUGUUAAAAUUGUUAUGUGGAGUCCUGGCGACAUUGUUCAGGGUGUUAAUUUGAAUGUGCAAAUUCAAUAAACUGCAAUCCAGGCCAGGCGAA